AUUACGUCUGUCAACAUGAUCGAGUGGGCACUGCCAGGCAGGGAAGCAGCUGGAUGUACGCGAGCCGUGACCUGCAAUUAUUUAUAUUUUUUAACUUAUACAUACGCUAUGUAAUACAUGCGUAAAAGUCACGAGGAACCGGUACACCCGCUGUUUUCAACGAGAGAAAAUACAAGUUUGCUAGCCUAGCGUUAGCUUAAUGGAAAUUAGUAGUUAGCUUGGGGGAUAGCUAGCUAACGUUAGCUAGGUUAUGAUAGCAUCUCCUUUUUUACUAUGGACGUUUGGCUAUCGGCAAAAUGUCACACCUGGUUGACCUGCACAGUACGACACAUUCCAAAUAAGACACUGGUUUUGUCUGUUUCAAUGGCUACAUGACAGGUGUAGCUGGUGUAGCUGAUACUAAUGUUAGCUCGCAGAUUCCAGGUCGAGUCAAGAGUCGUUUUUACUGUUGCACGGACCUUUUAAACUAGCUAACGGUAAUGCUUUUUAGUGUUGCAGUGUGUAGACAAGUCAGUUACAGUUAGAAGUCAUUGCAACUUAUGGUAACCUUCUGGAGCGACGACUUUACUUCUCUUAUUGCAAAACAGCUAUGACUGCAUGGAUGUCUGAAGCAGGAGAAUGAGUGGGCGCUUGGAAGGGAGAGGAUGACACCAUCUUUCACCGAAGACUGUCCAGCUUAACCUAUCCAUUAGCUGACCAACAAUUGCUGGAGACGACUGGGAAGCACACGGAGUUCAUUAGUGAGAAGCUAUUGCUCACGGCUUUAUUGUCUCGUUCAGCUCUGUUGGUCCAUGGCUGCUGUUAGUAGUAUUAACAUGCUGUCUCAGGUCGGAGACGUGGCACGGUCAGGUCCAGCAGUAGCAGGGCUGCCUCCUGUGUCCUUUACCAACACGUCGGUGUCGGCCAGCCCGACGCCAGGUACUGAUAACCGGGGGUGCGAGAAUGGCGCCUUGAUGGACUCGUUUGGGAUUUUCCUGCAAGGACUUCUGGCUGUGGUGGCUUUCAGCACGCUGAUGUUAAAACGCUUCAGGGAGCCAAAACAUGAGAGGAGACCCUGGAGGAUCUGGUUUCUGGACACCUCAAAACAGGCCAUUGGGAUGCUGUUUAUCCACUUUGCUAAUGUCUACUUGUCUGACCUCACAGAGGAGGAUCCAUGCUCACUAUAUCUCAUCAACUUCCUGUUGGAUGCUUCUCUGGGCAUGUUGCUGAUCUAUGCUGGGGUGAGAGCUGUCAGUGCUGUUGUAGAGUGGAGGCAGUGGGACUCUCUGCGUUUUGGAGAAUACGGUGAGCCAGUGCAGUGCACAGCGUGGUUGGGCCAGUGUAUCCUCUACAUCCUCAUCAUGAUGUUUGAGAAAGUCGUUAUCAUGCUGGUCCUCCUCAUCCCCCAGUGGAAGAAGCUGGCUCUCCUCAACCCCAUAGAGAAUCCUGACCUGGAACUGGCUAUUGUCAUGCUCAUCGUUCCGUUCUUCAUCAACGCCCUCAUGUUCUGGGUGGUAGAUAAUUUCCUAAUGAAGAAGCACAGGACAAAAGCAAAACUGGAGGAGAGAGAGGAGGACUCACGAGGGAACGGCAAGGUGCGCUACAGACGAGCUCUGUCCCAUGAUGACUCAGAGUCGGAGAUCCUUUUCUCGGCAGACGAUGAAAUGGAUGAUUCGGAUGAAGACGAUGUUCGCCGGCUCACUGGCCUGAAGACGGUUAAGAAGAAGAAGCUUCGCAUGGGGAUCCCUGUUUGACCUCCAGCAGAAGUGAAGAAGAAGAAACGUCCCCCGAUGAAGGAGGAGGACCUGAAAGGAGCCCGCAGUAAGCUGGGACUGAAGGGCGAGGUCAAGAGUAAGACCUAUGAGGUCAUGGUGGAGUGUGAACGUAUGGGCAAAGUGGCUCCAUCUGUGUUCAGCGGUGUGAGGACGGGGACAGAGACGGCCUUGGGCAAGCCUGCUGCUGCCAAAGCUCCUGGAGGCAGUGUGUUCAGCAAGUAGACACCCAGGCAUAAAAGGACAUGACAAAAGCACUGAAGAAACACACUGCUGUCCUUUUGUUUCUGAGUCU